CCUUGACAAUAUCUGCACAAGAACGCGACGGUGUGAAACUCCCUUGGCAACAGUACUACGAAAGUCAGACUGGUGCACAAGACACACUACCGGUUGAUCCGUGUGACGUGGUCCUUCCACUGAUUCGGACGGUGCAAAUUUCUUGUAACGGGUGGCUAGUUGGCUGUGGGCCCCAAGGUUUCUCUGGUAACAAAAUCAAUUUAUUCUUCCGCUUUGAAAACCCCACCGUACGAAAAGCGUGCUUCCAUGUCGUUAAAGAUCAAGUCGAUCGGACAAUUAAAAGUCGGUUCGGUGAAGGCACGCUGUCCGUUGUUGAGUUCAGGAUAACUGGCAACUGGGUUCAACCAUCCACAACUUCCGCUGGAGUGACACAUUCCUUGGGCAACAUCCUUUACAACCUACGCAAAAACUUUUACGCCAGAUGGAACAUCAUCACCAGAGUUUACCCUGUCGCUGCAGUCCACUGCCUGAGCAUCAGUAAUACUGAUGACUCAAAGACUGUAUCACUCUCGGUCAUUUUCGGAAUGUUUCAAAAGAACAAACAGUCUGCAAACGGUCUUGUGGGGACUACAUUGAGGUUUUCGGAAAGCAAACCCACCGUAACAAUGGAUGUUCCAUACUUAACAACACUAACAGGUCUGGUCGUUAGACAGUCUAUGU